CAGAUGCUUUUUGGAAAAAAAUAAAUAAACCAAAAAAAAAAAAAUCUGCAUCUGUCUUCUUCCUUCUUCCCUCUAAAUUUAAUUACCCAUUUUUUCCGAUAAAUUUUUUGUUGAGGAAGAAAUUUUUUUGUAAAGAGAGUUUAAUUAAUUAUGCCUUCAAUAGAAGAUGAGCUGUUUCCGUCAACGCCGGGUAAAUUCAAAAUUGACCGGUCAAACCGUCAGCUCCACCGUUGUUUCGCUUCUACGAGCACCAUGUUUCUUUGGGCUCUCUUCCUCAUCGCUCUCACCGCUUCUUACUUGAGUUUCCAAAGCUUCGUCGAUUCCGGUAGCCGUUAUCUAACCGCUUCUUGGGGCGGAAUCCAAUGGGAGAAACAGGUUCGUACCUCCGCUCAGAUCCAUCGCUCCGGCGGUAUCUCCGUCCUCGUUACCGGCGCUACUGGAUUUGUCGGUAGCCACGUGUCACUUGCGUUGAGGAAACGCGGCGAUGGUGUCGUUGGACUUGAUAAUUUCAACAAUUACUACGAUCCGUCGUUGAAACGCGCUCGCAGAUCUCUGUUGUCGUCGAGAGGGAUCUUCGUCGUUGAAGGAGAUCUCAACGACGCGAAGCUGUUAGCGAAGCUUUUCGAUGUCGUUGCUUUCACUCACGUGAUGCAUCUCGCUGCUCAAGCCGGAGUUAGAUACGCUUUGGAGAAUCCUCAAUCGUAUGUUCAUAGCAACAUCGCCGGACUUGUGAAUCUUCUCGAGAUUUGCAAAGCGGCGAAUCCUCAGCCGGCGAUUGUUUGGGCUUCAUCGAGCUCCGUCUAUGGACUCAACGAGAAAGUUCCCUUCUCCGAAUCUGACCGUACAGAUCAACCGGCGAGUCUCUACGCCGCAACGAAAAAAGCCGGCGAAGAAAUCACCCACACUUAUAACCAUAUUUACGGUCUUGCCAUUACCGGUUUAAGAUUCUUCACGGUUUACGGUCCAUGGGGUAGACCGGACAUGGCUUACUUCUCCUUCACCAGAAACAUCCUACAAGGUAAACCGAUCACAAUCUACCGGGGCAAAAACCGGGUCGAUUUAGCCCGGGAUUUUACAUACAUCGACGAUAUAGUCAAAGGCUGUUUAGGAUCUCUAGAUUCAUCGGGUAAAAGUACCGGGUCGGGUGGUAAAAAGCGUGGAGCCGCACCGUACCGGAUAUUUAACCUGGGAAACACAUCUCCGGUAACGGUACCGAUUCUGGUGGAUAUCUUGGAGAAGCAUCUAAAGGUGAAAGCAAAACGGAACUUCGUGGAGAUGCCAGGAAACGGCGACGUACCGUUCACACAUGCUAAUAUUAGCUCAGCACGAAAUGAAUUCGGGUAUAAACCGACAACCGAUUUGGAAACCGGGUUGAAGAAGUUCGUUAGAUGGUAUCUUUCUUAUUACGGAUACAAUACUAAAGCCAAGCUUGUACAUUAACCGUGACUAUUAUUAUUAUUUUUAAUGAAAUUAUUUUUUUCUU